AUGAUGUCGAUGAACAGCAAGCAGCCGUUCAGCAUGCACCCCAUCCUGCACGAACCCAAGUAUACGCCGCUGCACAGCAGCUCCGAGGCCAUCCGCCGGGCAUGCUUGCCCACGCCGUCGCUGCAGGGCAACAUCUUCGCCGGCUUCGACGAGACGCUGCUGCAGCGGGCGGAGGCGCUGGCCGCCGUGGACAUCGUAAGCCAGAAGAGCCACCCGUUCAAGCCUGACGCCACCUACCACACCAUGACCACCAUGACCAGCAUGACGUGCACGCCCACGUCGUCGUCGGCGCACCUGCACCACCCGUCCGUGCUCACCUCGCACCACCACCCGGCGGCGCACCAGCCGGCGCAGGGCCUGGAGGGCGACCUGCUCGAGCACCUGACGCCCGGCCUUUCCCUGGGCGCCAUGACCGGCUCGGACGUGUGUUCCACGGCGUCGCACAUGAGCGCCAUCAACCACAUGCAGCACCACCACCAUCAUCAUCACCCGCACCACCCGCAGUCCAUGAACAUGCACGCGCACGGCCUGGCCUCGCACGGCUCCCUGGGGAGUGGCGGCGGCGGCGGCGGGGCGGGCGGCGUUGACGCGGAGCCCGAUCCCCGGGAGCUGGAGUCGUUCGCCGAGCGCUUCAAGCAGCGACGCAUCAAGCUGGGCGUGACGCAAGCGGACGUGGGUGCGGCGCUGGCCAACCUGAAGAUCCCCGGCGUGGGCUGCCUGAGCCAGAGCACCAUCUGCAGGUUCGAGUCGCUGACGCUGUCGCACAACAACAUGGUGGCGCUCAAGCCCAUCCUGGAGGCCUGGCUGGAGGAGGCGGAGCGGGCGCAGCGGGAGAAGAUGGCCAAGCCGGAGAUCUUCAGCGGCGGCGACAAGAAGCGCAAGCGCACGUCCAUCGCGGCGCCGGAGAAGCGCUCGCUCGAGGCCUACUUCGCCGUGCAGCCGCGGCCCUCCUCCGAGAAGAUUGCCGCCAUCGCCGAGAAGCUGGACCUCAAAAAGAACGUGGUGCGCGUCUGGUUCUGCAACCAGAGGCAGAAACAGAAGCGCAUGAAGUUCUCGGCCACGCACUGAAAACAACCGGCAAAGAGA